CACUCUAACCAUCAACUGCCCCCUGUAUCAUCCGUUCUCUUUCAGCUGUUCUUCUACAUGGCGCAUCUGCGGUGAAUGCGUUGGAAAAUGACUUGAGAACCACGUGCAUUGCUUUCAUUGCCGCGGUGCAUUCAAUGCACUCGAGUGAAUCAAACCAGCAUUCACGACUCUCCCAAGCUGCCAUGAUGCCCGCUGCUGUCGAGUCCCAAGUGCUGGCCGCUGCGCCGAGCCAGCCGGGUAGUACGGUGAUGGCGCCUGUCACGAAGAAAUUCAAGGCUUCCGAUCUGCCGCUCCCCUCGGCGACGCGCACCGCAAUCGAGGGUCUCGCACACUCCUUUAAGAAGAAGGGCGGCUACGACGCGAUUCGCAAACAAGUGUGGGAGAAGUUCGAGGCUAGUGACUACGAAGCGCAGGUCACCAAAGCCAUCCUCGAAGUCGCCGAGCGGGAAGUUGAGCGUAAUCCAAGACAACUUUUGACUCUCGAGCGGGGGAAAGCCGCAGCCCUUAUUGAUGGCGCACUGGACCGCAGCGGUGUCUACCAGAAGGCAGAAGCCGUCAUCAGCUCUUUGAUCGAUAGCCGCGCCAUCGAAGCCCAUAUUCGCGAACUGCGCCGCGCCGAGAUUGGUGACGAAGCAGCCGAGGAAGAAAGGAUGCGCGGGGCCAAGACGGACGAGGAAUACGCCGCCGAGACGGCUGCCCGCCGCGCCGAGAGGGAGCGCGUCCGGGCCGAACUCAGGGCGGUUGAAGAGGAGAAGCGGAGGCUCGAGCGGGAGAUCAAGGCUAGAGAGGAAGCUAAGAGACGCGAAGCCGAGAGGGCAGCAAGGGAGGAACGGAGGAAGAAGGAGCGGGAGGAGGAUGAGCGGAGAGAAAAGGAGCGGCGCGAACGGCGCGAGAAGGAAAGGGAGCUAGAGAGAGAGCGGGAAAAGGAGCGAGACCGGGAGCGAGAGAGCCGGAGGGAGAGAGACCGCAGCCACGACCGAGACAGGGAGAGGGACCGAGAUCGAGAUCGCGACCGUGAUCGGUAUCGUGAACGAGGCUAUGACAGCUACCGAGGUACUCCCCGAGAUCGGUCAAAGGAGCGAGACAAGGCAAGGGACCGAGACCGCGAUCGAGAUCGAGAUCGAGAUCGUGAGCGAGACCGGGACCCGGAUUACGACCGCCGGGAUAGCCGCGACACCAGGCCGAAGCCUUCCACCGAAGAGCGGGCUGAGGAAGUGAAGCAGAAACUAACCAAGGAGGAUCACGAACGCCUGGAGCAAGAGGCGCUAGCCGACCUCUUGCGCGAGAGCAAGCGUGUUGGGACGAAGCAACCAGAACUGGAAGUCGAUGAAACACUGGCUCCUCCCCCCAAAAAGGCGAAACCAGCUUCGGCAAUCGCACCGAUUCAGCGACCCCCCCCCGAUUUCAAGCCAGUUGAGAUUAAAAAGCCUGCCGAGACGAAGGAUCCGAAGGAUCCCAAGCCUUCUGCCGCCCCGAAGGAAGAAGAGAUAAAGCCCGAGAGGCGGAAAAUAAGGAGUCCCUCUCGUUCUUCUCGGACACAUCGCGCCAAGGAUAGAAGCCGAUCUAGGAAUGACGACCGCAGACGCAGGGAUGACCGCUCGCGCUCUCCGCGAUCCAGGUAUGGCCGGAGCCGUUCACGCAGGAGGAGCAGGUCGAGGUUACGGGACAGGAGAGAUGAUCGCCGGGACGACAACCGCCACAGCCGCCGUGAUGAUUCUCGUGACGGACGCCGCGACGACCGGAAAGACGAGCGCAGAGACCGCAGCGGGUCUCGAAGCCGGGCGGACCGGCGGAGCCGGAGUCGCUCCCGUCCGAGGACCGCCAGAACGGACGACAGGAAGGAUAGAAGCCGCUCACGUCGGCGUGAUGCGCGGGACCGAAGUCGCUCCCCGCGCCGAAAAGCCGAACAAAGGGACCGCUCCCAGUCCAGACCGCGAUUCGACCGUAGAGAUAGGAGCCGAUCGCGGUCUCGAGAUCGAGACCAUCGCGAUAGACGGGAACGUAGCCGUUCUCGUGCGCGUGCCAAUCCACGGGACCGCAGCCGCGAUCGCGAUCGAGAUCAAGACCCAAGCCGGGAGAAAGACAAAGCGAAGGAGGACGACAAGGAGAGGCGCCCCAGAAGCCGUUCGCGAUCGCCCACGAGCGCAGCCCGGCCGCCCUCGCGCCUGAACCAAACGGAAAAGGAGGCUUGGAAACAAGCCGAGGUCAAAAAACGCGAGCAGGAAGCCAAGGCCUACCUCGCUGCUCAGAAAGAGGCGAGGGAGAAGGGCAUGCCGGUGCCGGGGAUUGAUGACCGGCGAGCCGGGGACAGGUCACCUGAUCUGAAGCGCCGCCGCGAACCAGAGGAACACGAUCGCUACUUGCCUGGUGAUCGAGAGAGGGACCGAGACCGAGACCGGGACCGAGACCGAGACCGGGACCGAGACCGGGAUCGCAUGGACUACCGUGGUGGUGACCGCUACGAUGGCGACCGCAACCGACCGAGGGACAGAGGCCGUGACAGGCGGGAUCGUUCCCGUGACCGCGACCGGGCAAGAGACGACCGUCGAGAGACAAGACGGCGUAGCCGGUCCAGGAGCCGUGACCGCGAUAGGGAACGCUCCAGGGACAGGGGUAGAGACCGGGACAGGGAUCGGGAUAGGGACAGGGACCGCGACAGCCACUACCGCCGCAACCGGCGAGACCGGAGCGUAUCAUCUCGACGGGAUCGGGACCGUGAUCACGGGCGGAGUCGGCACGACAGCCGGAGGAGGAGCAGGAGUCGCGGUUAGGUGCCUCGACCUGGCCGGCAAGCCGAGGCCACCACAACGGUUCAUGUGGUAUUGUCAGGCGGAUAAUAGCUAUCUUGGGGUUUAGUCGGAUGGGCGGUUUCGGAGCCCCGAAGAGUAAAGGGGUUUGGGAUACAGCGGCGUUGGUUUUGACGGCCGGUAUACACGGGGUUCUCCAGGGGUAAACGGAGUCGGACAGUGACUGAAUCCGGGUAGUCUUGUUUGAUACCUUUCCGGAUCAUGUGAGCGAAGUGUAGCAAUAGACUCCAGCGACGAUGGUGCUGGCUUCCCAGCGGAUAUUGGGCUACCAGAGACAGGCAGUGAACCUCGUCUCCAAUUCACCACUCCGUAGCCGGGGCUCACAACGUAGCCAGCAGCUCAC